UAUUUGUCUAGUUAAACAUUUUAGGCUUCUCCUUUCAACAUUGGUAUCAUAGAUGUCUUAAAAUCUGGUCUUAAUGAUGUCUUGAGGCAAUUGAGAUUCUUCAAUCUCUUCAUAUUCUUCCUUAUUCUCUUCAUCAUUAGAUCCAAGGUUAUUUAGGGUUUUGAAUGUAACUUCAUCGAUUGAAGCGUUGAAGCAUGUGUUAGGGUAUAUAUUUAUGUAAUACUUACUGCUCCAAUGAAUUCUAAUGACACAUGUCCAUAAUUUUCUUGCUCUUCAUUAUAAGGGCCAUCAUUAUUUACGAGGAAUGUACCAUUCGAAUUUAUCUUCCUCAAUAAGGCUUUCUUUAAGCUGAUUUUGUUCCUCAGUCCACUGUUCACGGAUGCUUUCAUCAACUUGCUCUUGAAGCUUAUUAAAUUUACUUUGCUUAUUCUAUUUCUUCUCUUCUCCAGGAUGAUUUUCUGGAUCUAUUUCUAGAUAAAGCUUGUUGAUAAUCCUAUUAAAAAUCUGGCUGGUGAAAUAUGAAAUCUGAAAGGACCUGAAUGCCUUGAAAGUCUCGAGAAAGGAUGCUCAGGCUUCACAAGAAAGUUAAAAACUCUUCUUGAUCUACAAAGACUUUAUCUAUUUAGUUUUUAAAUAGCCACUA